UAUGCUAAAUCGUUUUGCGGGCAGAUAACAGGAAGAAGGAUUUCAUUUAACAUAAAUAGAAAAGAUGCUUCCUUUGCAGUAGAAUUGCUGGAUUUUUGUCUUUGUUGUUUUAUUAUUAAACAAAGAUAUCUUGAAUUGCUAACAGGAGUAGACCCCGAAAGAGCGAGGGCAUGAUCGACAGUCUGGAGACGCAGCGGCCGCGCUCCAGCGGCGAUCUCUGGUCGGAGAUCUGCUCGGGGCUGCCCGGUCACGAGGCCGGGGGUCAGGCGGGGGCAGAGUUCACAGAUUCUUUCGAACCGCAGCCGCACGAGAAUCUGCAGCACCCCGUCGCUAACGGGACCGAGGACGCCCCCAGUCCCAGCGCAUGGGCGCCCAUGGCUGACUCCGAAGUGUACAUUGCCAGUCUGGAAAACCGUCUACGCAGAAUUAAGGGCCAGUCGCAGGAAGUGACGUCACGUGAAAUGCUUCGCACCCUCUCUCAAGCCAGGAAGGAAUGCUGGGAUAGAUUCCUCCAGGACGAACAAAUCUCAGACCUCUUUCAGGAAGGCAGUGACUUUGACCAGAGUGCCCUGGAGCAGCUAAAACGCUGGCUCCAGCCAGAGAAAGUGGCCAUCAGCGCUGAAGAGCUGCAGUACCUCCUAUUACCAGAGGAGCCCAGAGAGACAGCAGGCACGGAGGAGGGGCUGAGAGGAGCUGAGGCAGAGGAGCAAGAUGAAGACGAAGAGAACCAGGCACCAGAAAAAUAAGCAUAAUCUUGGCGGACUGCUGAACUGUCCUUCCAGUGAUCAGUGUUACCAUGUUCUGGCCAGGUGAAGAAAAUUUAAAUGAGCAGCAGACGCACUGCGGCUCUCAAACUGAAGGUUGACACAAAAGAAUUUUAGCAAUUCACAUCCCUGUCGCUUCUUUCAUCAUUAGGCUUGGCAUAAUUAAAUUGUGUACAUACUGUAUAACUGUUGAAUCCCAAUUCUAUGACACUACAAGAUUCUUCUAUUACAGCCAGAGAUAGUAAAAAUCAUUUUCAGGAAAGCUGUGGCAUGUGCGGAGAUUGAGGUACAGUAGAUCAAUUGGUAUGGACAGACAGUAUAGUACAAUAGAAUUUCAAUUGACAAACUAUAAUAGAUAGUUUUCAUAAAGGAUCCCGUCCUACUGUACUGUUGGUAAAACUCAACUCAGAUGUCUUUCUGUACUGUACCAUUUUACUGGAGCUCUACAGAUGGAGGUAGAACCGAAACGAAUGUUAUGCUUUUGUUAAAGUAAAAUACUAGAAGGUGGCUUGAUAUUCAAUGAAACAGAUGUGCAGAUGCACAUUACAUUACAGCUCCAUGGAAACAACACCCAGCCUUCUAACUUUCCUGGUGAUUUUAAGGGGCUUAGUCAUAGAUGAGUCAUUCUAGCAUCCAGAGAGCUCCAAACUGAACUGGUGGAAGGGAUACUGUGCAGAACGAAUAUGGUCAAAUCGCUGCACUCUGAAUCAUAUUUAAAACCUGAGUAUUACCAGUCUGUUACCAUUAAAGACAGCAUAUUUUUAUAUGGACAGGACAUACUUAAUUUCUGCAUUAUUACGUAUGAAACAUACUUCAUACACAAUUUCUGUAUAUAUUACAUAUAUAUAAGUUAUGUAAUAUGCAUUUGUAUUUCAAACCAAAAUGUGAUUCGUUCCGGGCAGAUGAGAUGAAACUUGGAAUGAUAUACAGUAAAUAACACACUUAUACUUAGCAUCAGAAUCAGAUUGACUCUUAUAAUUGUGCCAAAUUCACAAACUCAACAGGAAAUUUGCAACUGGUGGUUUGGUGGUUCACUGACAUUUAAUUGAAGAGAUGUGACAUAUGCAAAUCAAUUCUUUGAGCUUAUUAAAAUGAUCAACUAGCGGGUGUGCUGUGUAAGUUACAGGCUAGUAUGCUGUGUGGACCACACAGGAAGCAAUAUAACCUGUAUAGCCGAAAACAGUGCUUUUUAUCGAUUCUGGUCCUGUCAAUCAGACGUGGACCUCGCCAUUGAUCGGUCUGUUGAACACAACAAUCAGCAUCCUUCCACAUGUCUGCCCCACACUCACUGAUAUCAAAACCUGGAUUCAUCGCUGGUUGCUUUCAGUCUUUUUGUUUCACCAGUUUUUUAACCAUUCAACAAAUCAGGUCACCUCAUCACCUUUGCAGAAUCAAAACUCUCACUAAUGAGUUGAUUUUGUGCUUAUAUAACCAAGGCAGCCGAGUGUACAAUAUCACAGUCAGUAAUGAAUCAUCAAUUCUAAUGCCAUCAAAACAUUUAAUAUCCAAAAUCCAUAAUUUUAUUUUUCUAAAGACUGACAUGUAUGGAUAACAUUUCUUUUGAUGCUCUUUGUGUAAUAAUCAGAUUCAGGAUAUGGAGAACUCUCAUAAAGGUCUUCCACAUGAAUUGUUCAUUGGGAAUUGGGAUUCAUUAAUCUUUCAAAGUUUCACAGAAAUACGUUUAUUAUUACAGAUUGUUUUUUGUAUCAAAACUAAUUAUGGAUUAUAACUUAUUUUGGAAUUAUGAAAAUCAUACAUUUGGUUUAAUAUACUGAAAGGGAAUCGUUGCUGGUUUUGGUCUGUUGAUCCCACUGACACACUGGAAAGGAUAAUCUAAUUUAACCUAUUGAAAACAUAUGUUGAGAUGCUGUCUCGUUGUACAAUGCACACAUGAUUUGUCAGCUGUUUUAAAAUGUUGGGUCAUAAUGAUUCAUGUGCCCAAGAAGUCAGUGUUUCCCCUUUCUUUAUCAAUAAUUGUGUAAUUUCACAACACUACACACUCAGUUUGCUGUCCUUUUGUUUGCCACCAGGUGGCAGCGUACUUGAGCAAGAACUGUAGUAAUGCCUAAUCCCUGUACUGUAGGUGAUUUGUGACUAUAACUUGUAAAUGGACAGAUUGUCUCCAUUUCACUUUCAAUUCUCAAAUUGAUACAAGAAUAAAAGUGAUAAUUCAGAA